AAACGCGAUUUGGCCGUAAAGCUGCUGCUGUGGAGGAAGAGACAGAGCGGAGGAAGAGCCCGGAGAGAGUCCGCUGAGGAAGGCUGUUCGGCAGCAGGCCGGACUGCGGGUUGUAGGAUGAUGAAGGAGAUCAGGUAGUUUAUUGCUGGUGCUGCUUUACUGGUUAGCGGCGCUGCUGCUGGUGCAGAUGGAGCGGAUGCAGCUCGGACUGGGUGGCUGAAGAGGAUCCACCUUAACAUCAUCUACAAACAAACCAGUUCUGCUGCUUCAUCAUAUCUCACACACAGGCGGAGAUGAGCGGGUUUAAGGAGCCGUGUGUGCAGGAGGAGGAGGCUGAUGGAGGCAGGGCUGGGUGGGGGAACCAUGUGGGGCUUCAGGACGGACUGCUGCUGGGCCUCAUGGAGGAUUCAUACCAGCACUACCAGAGCUCCAAUCCAGACUACCAGACAGCUAAUCCAGACUACCAGACAGCUAAUCCAGACUACCAGGACGCUGACCCAGGUUACCAAGGAUCAGAACCAGGCUCGGAUUACCUGGACCUGGUGGAGUACGGCACCCGACGCAGCCGGGCGGGAAGCUCCAGGCACCGCGGGGGGGAGGUGGUGACGGAGCUGGGGCCGGAGGAGGUGCGCUGGUUCUAUAAGGAGGACAAACGCACAUGGAAACCCUUUGUAGGUCACGACUCUCUGAAGAUAGAGGUGGCAUACCGGAAACUCUGCGAGCUCAAUCCGAGUAAAGCCGCUGAGCAGGAGGAGUGGGAAGAGCUGGGGGGUGAGUCUGAGGGGGCAGAGGGGGGGAAGGGGCAGACGGAGGCUUUGGUCAGCAAAGACAUGGCGGAGGAGAUUGACGUGGACUCGAUAAGCAUCAGCGUAGAGGCGGUGUGCGUUCGAGGUGGACUGUACGAGGUGGACGUGAAGGAAAAGGAGUGUUACCCGGUCUACUGGAACCAGCAGGAGCGAAUCCCAGUGAUGCGUGGUCAGUGGUUCACUGAUGGAACGUGGCUGCCACUGGAGGAGGAGGACAGCGACCUGAUCGAACUGGAACACCUGGCCUGCUUCCGAGGCCACCAGAUGAAGGACACGUUUGAAACGGAGGCAGUGACCACGGCAGUGGACAGCAAGGAUGCCAUCCACAGUCUGAAGCUAAGCCGCAGUCAUGUGGACUGGCACAGUGUGGACGAGGUUUACCUGUACAGCGAUGCCACCACCUCCAAAAUCGCCCGCACAGUCACUCAGAAACUUGGCUUCUCCAAAGCCUCCAGCAGUGGGACCCGCCUGCAUCGAGGCUAUGUAGAGGAGGCAGCCCCUGAGGACACGCCCCCUGCAGCCACGCACAUCGUGUUUGUGGUGCACGGGAUUGGUCAGAAGAUGGAUCAAGGGCGGAUCAUCAGGAACACCAGCAUGAUGCGUGAUGCUGCGAGGAAGAUGGAGGAGAAGCAUUUCUCUGACAGAACUACAGAGCAUGUGGAGUUCCUUCCUGUGGAGUGGAGAUCUAAACUCUCUCUGGACGGAGACACUGUGGACUCCAUCACGCCAGAUAAAGUGCGCGGGCUGAGGGAUAUGCUGAACAGCAGCGCCAUGGACAUCAUGUAUUACACCAGCCCCCUGUACAGAGAUGAGAUCACUCGAGGUCUGACCAAAGAGCUGAAUCGGCUCUACAUGCUGUUCUGCUCGCGGAACCCAGAGUUUGAGGAGAAAGGGAAAGUGUCCAUCGUGGCCCACUCUCUGGGCUGUGUCAUCACAUUCGACAUCAUGACUGGGUGGGACCCUGUCCGCUUUCAUCACCUGCAAGCCCCUGAUGCCAUGGAAACAGAGCUGCGGCGUAGAGGCUGUGAAGAACAGCGACUGCUGGAAGAGCUUUAUCACACACGCAUGAGAUUGAGGGACUUGGAGGAUCAGUUUCAAGGCCUGAAGACCUCAUCCUCAAGAACCUCUCCUCCCUUAAAGUUUAAGGUGGAAAACUUCUUCUGCAUGGGUUCUCCUCUGGCUGUGUUCUUGGCUUUGCGGGGCGUCCGGCCGAGUACCAACGGAACACAGGACCACAUCCUGCCCCGGUCCAUCUGCCAGCGGCUCUUCAACAUCUUCCACCCCACUGACCCUGUGGCUUACAGACUGGAGCCUCUGGUCCUAAAACACUACAGUAACAUCGCACCAGUCCAGAUACACUGGUACAACACCAGCAGUCCCACUUCAUACAAUCAUGUCCGGCCCACUCUGCUGAACCCGCUGAAGGAGAGUGCCUCAGUGUCGGACAGCGAGAGUCUCCCGAGCCCCUGCACGUCCCCCCCACAGAACCGCAGACACUACGGAGAGUCCAUCACCAGCUUGGGAAAGGCCAGCAUCAUGGGAGCGGCGAGUAUAGGUAAAGGCAUCGGUGGAAUCCUCUUUUCCCGGUUCUCCCGUUCCAGCGGGCAGGUGGGCGGAGCCGAGGAAGAGCCGUCAGACUCCGAGGGCGGGGCGAGUGAAGUGGAGGGCGGGGUCACAGUGGAGGAGGGCGGAGCUGCAGAGGCAGAGGAAAAGAUGGAGGAGAAGGAAGAAGAGAAGAGAGAAGGAGAUGCCGCCAGUAUGUCUCAGUCCACCUCCGCCAUCAUGGACAACUCCACCUUGGAGCUGGACAGACGGAUUGACUUCGAGCUGAGGGAAGGGCUGGUGGAGAGCCGCUAUUGGUCAGCGGUGACAUCUCACACUGCCUACUGGUGUUCGUACGACAUCGCUCUGUUUCUGCUUACGUUUAUGUACGGACCCAACAGCACCAACGAGAGCGCAGAGGACCACCCGGAAUCGUAACGCACUACACUACACACAGGCACGUUUACUGCUCGUCACAGGUUUGGGGACACCUCGCCUUAUCUGAGCGCCGGCCCUGUCGACCCCAUCCGUAAGUCCAAGAGAUGAUAACAGUCCUCGUUCUCUCUGGGUGGGUAGGGUGGUCCUCCAAGAUGUACCAGAAUUAGCAGUUAGCAUUCACCAACAUAACCGUCUGUUAGCUGACAGAAUUAGCAGGUACCAUUCUCAAGAUAUCUGUAAGCUAACAGAAUUAACAGCAUCCUCCAGUGCAUGUGUGUCAGCUAACAGAAUUAGCAAUUAGUGUCCUCCAAUGCAGGCAUCUCUUACCUAACAGAAUGAACAGUUAUCGUUUUUCAUGGCAGGCGUCUAUUACCUUACAGAAUUAGCAUUUGGCAUUCUCCAUUGCAAGUAUCUGUUAGCUAAUGGAAUUAGCAGUUAGCAUUCUCCAUGGCAGGCAUCUGUUACCUAACAGAAUUAGCAGUUAGCGUUCUUCAGUGCAUGUGUGUGUUAGCUAACAGAAUUAGCAAUUAGCAUUCUCCAGUGUACGUUUCUGUUAGAAUUAGCAGUUAGCGUUUUUCUGAGGCAGGUGUUUGUUACCUCACAAAAUUAGCAGUUAUGGUUCUUUAUGCCAGGCGUCUGUUACCGACAGACUUAGCAAUUAGCAUUCUCCAUGGUACAUUACUGUUAGAAUCAGCGGUUAGCGUUCUCUAAGGCAGGUGUCUGUUACCUCACAGAAAUAGCAAUCGUUCUUCAUGCCAGGCAUCUGUUACCUAACAAAAUUAGCAAUUAGUAUUCCCCGAAGUAAGUUUCUGUUAGCCAUCAGAAAUAGCAGUUAGCGUUCUCCAGUGCCUGUAUGUUAGCUAACAGAAUUAGCAUUAGCGUUCUCCUUAAAACAGUUUGGCAGUUUUAACAGAGAUAAAUUCUAUUUAAUAUAUUAAACUAUUGCAAAAAUCAAAAAUCUGGAUUGAAAACCAAUUUGUAAAGCUAGGUGUCCCCAAACUAUGGACAGGCAGCUUAUGCAUAUUCACAUGCACGAAUGCACAAAUACGUACACAUACAGACAAACGCCAUGCACUUACAGUGGCUGUAGAAGCUGAAUAGGUUAAUAGACCCAGUUCACUGUGCAGAGACACGCUGUCCACUUCCCCUUCUUUGCCUUGUCCGUUGGUGAACACUUGGAAUUGCCUCCGUCUAGUUUAGUCUCUGGUCAGUUCUGACUGUUUUUCAUAAAGCACUGGACGAAUUGCAUACACAUUUCUGAUUGCAGCCCCGCUUAUAGUCAUGCCUUCUUUACUGUUAUUGUUUGCCUCUUUCACUGUCGCAGCAUUAGAGUUCAGACAGAGUCUGCCAAACCGGUUAUUUAGCAUUUACACAGUGGAAAUGAUGAAUUGAACCAAUAUUUCUACAUUUUUACUGCAUUUAUAUAAAAAGCUCCUUCGGCUGUGUAGCAGCAUUGCCCUCUCCAUGUUUACAUCACUCACUGAAAUAUGGCUGAAGCGUAUCUGUGGUCGUCGUUUACCAUUUGGAAUGCAAAAUUCUGAAUGAAAUUGCCAAAUACUGAUCUUUGAGUUUGUGUAUUAACCAAAGCCUGGAAUUUUCAAAGCAUGGAAGCACAAAUCGCCUGAAAUGCAGUACUCAUAACUACACACAGCAAAUGGCAAGGUGUACAUUAAGGGUGAAUGAUAUGCUGAUACGUUAUCAUUAUUGUGAUAAAUUUCAUCCCAGUGCGCUUUUCUGAGUAUAUUGUGGUAGAGGUGGGCGAUAUGUCAACAAUACAAUAUCAUGAUACCUCAAAAAAAUUUCACAGUACACGAUAUGUCCUGAUAUUUAUUUUUUUCAGACAUCUGAUCAGUUGGAACAAGCGCCAGUAAUGCUACAUUUAAAAAAAAACACUAUCAAAAACUGUUAACACAAUGAUUUUUAAACAAUAUUCGGCACUAAAUCCAGUUAAACGGGACUAAUUUUGCUCUCCUUGUAAUGAAACAUGCAGUUGGUCAGUGUCUACAAGUACUGAAAAUAUACACAUUAUGCUCAGAAAAGCAUAUUAUAUUGUACUGUGAAAUAUUUGUAUCAUGAUAAUGAUGUAUAUGGUCAUAUUGCCCUGUGUGGGUAUCGUCAGUACUUUUAGAAUCAACCCAGAUCUUCAGACGCUCCAAAUUUUUGCUCUAUCCCCGCUCCAAACACACCUGAAGCCAUUAACAGAUGUAUAACAGGUAUUAUUAUUAUUAUUACUAUUUAUUAAUAAUAUUAGUGAGCCUGUAAACAUCAAAACUAUAGUCACCACAAAAACUACACUGUCAGCUCAUGUUAUUUAUUUAUUUUUAUCUCUUUUUAUUUGUGCUGAUGCCAAAUUAAAUUUCAGAAAAUAAUCAUACUCAGGUUUCAGGUGCAUUUUUGUCAGUUUCAACUCAAAAUAUUUUGAUACAUAUCGCCCACCUCUAACACAUAUUCAGACUAAUAUUUCUGGGUCUGCUGACAUGCUAGAGCGUUUUGGAUCCAUUUUCGGAUUGAUUUACAGCAAUAUAUUAUAUAAUUUUAUAUAACGACGUACUGCAUAUGCUCAGAUGAUCCAACAUGGGGAUGCUUUUGGGAACCUUAGGCACCUAAACAAAUUUUAUGACUCAAACGUAAGAGUGAAUAUUACGAAGGCUUAAUUGUAUAGAUCAGAGAGAUUGACUGAGCACUGUUGUAAUAGAAGUGGACCCACUGGAAAAUUAUUUUAGAAUUGUAUGUUGAAUUAUCGAACGUAUUUUGCCCUGACAAUAUUAAAAUAAACUUAGAAAAGUUUAAAAUUGUUAUUUAUGUAUAAUUACUAUUGUUAUUAUUAUUGUAAUUUGCACACCUUAGUGUGACCACACUGUUGCAUGAAAGCCACUUUUGCAUCGCAUUCAGCUAACAAAGAGUUUCAGUCAAUGUAAAUGAGAUUUAAUCACUAAAACAAUGGGAGAGUCACGCUCCAGCACUGGAUGUAUCGUUGUAAAAGGACUCACUGUUGGUUUUAAUGAGACCGAUGCUGAACUCUCAUUUUGUGUUACUUUUGUGGUUGUGUGUUUUAUUUAUUUAUUUUUUUCCUUAUAGAUAAUAAUCCUUGAAACUCACCCCUAUGCCUUUACAUUCAGAGGAAAUAAGCUGGUAACAUUCUCCCCCUCACUCUUAGACCAACUGUGGAGGUGCCAACAGUGUGAACAGUGCCACCGUCUGUCCGAGCAGGACGAUGGAGCAGCAGAGGGCAUUUACUGACCCAUUUACAGCCCAAAACAGAGGGCACUUAAUGCCCCAAACGAAGGGCAUUUACUGAGCCAAUCGGAGGAUAUCAACUGCACCAAUCAAAUGUCAUUUAAGGUCUCAAAAGAAGGACAUUUUCCUGACCCAAUCAGAGGGCACUUAAUGCCCAAAAAAGAGACACUUGAUGCCCCUAUCGAAGAGCAUUUACUGACCCAACUAGAGGACACUUAAGCUCCCAUUUAAAGCCCCAAACAGAGAGCACUUAAUGCCCCAAACACAGAGUAUUUACCGCCCCAGAGGACAUUAACUGCCCCAAUCAAACAUCAUUUAAUUUCCCUUUUACUGACCCAAUCAGAGGGCACUUAAUACCCAAAACAAAGCCCCAGCCAGAGGACAUUUACCGUCCCAUCUAUGGCCCCAAACAGAGCAAUAAUAAUAAUAGCCAUUUAUAGCCCUACUGGAGGGCACUUACAGGCCCAACUGGAUGCAAUUCUACCCAAUUACAUUUAUAGCCCACAUCAGAAGGUAUUUAUUGCCCCAACUGGAGGACAUUGUCUCAACCACAGGGCACUUUUAGCCACAAUCAGUGGACAUUUACAGUGCCAUUUACAGCCCCAACUGGAGGGCAUCUACUGUGCCAACUGGAGGGCUCUUACAGCCCCAACUGGGCAGCAUUUACUCUGCCAAGUGGAGGGCACUUACAGCCCAAACCAGAGGGCAUUUAUUGUCCCAACCAGAAAGACUUUACUCCCUCAACUAGAGGGCAUUUACUGCCCCAUCUAGAGGGACCUAACUCCAAGAGGACAAGAGGACACUUAUUGCCCCAUCAGACAUCUGUUAGCCCCAUGUACAGCCCCAAAAAGGACAUUUGCUGUACCAAAGUAGAGGGCACACACUGCCUCAACCAGAGGGCAUUUACAGCACUCGCCAAAUAGCAUUUAAUCUCAAACUGCCCCAACUAGAGGGCAUUUAUACCCCUAAUUGGAGAGCAUUUACUGCUUUCCAUUCCAACCAGUGGGUAUUUACUGCCCCCCUCUGCUGCGUCCGUCUGUCUGCUCUUCAUUAGCCCCCUGUGUGUGUGUUUAUCUGAUUAAACGUGUAAUGCUGUGCUGCUGUAAACUUUGUUCCACUGUAAAGUUUCUCUGAUGUCCAGCAGGCUGUGCCUCCUUCAUUCCUUAAAACCAUUUCAAUAUUUAAAACUUGUAACAAGCUGUAAUUUGUUCACAACAAUGACAAUAAAAGCCUGAAACAAAAA